ACUCAUGAUCCCACACACAAUGAAUAUUUAUAAAAAUGACUUAUAAAUGAGAAUUGUAAAAUAAACUUAAGGCUUGGCUCUGCUGUGAGGAAACAGUAUUGAGGAUUCUAUCAUACCAGGACCAGCUCAGUCAAAGGAACAUCGCCAUGGCACCCACCCACAUUUAAAAAAUGAAACUUAAAAAACAAACAUUAGCACAUACCCCAAAUAAAAUAAAUAUAUAAAAAUUAUUGAGUUUUCUAAUUCCACAAACACAAAUUCCAAGUUCCAAUAUGGCUGCCUACAGGGUCUCGCCGGAUUACUGUUAAGCCUAACAACUAUUCCAAACUAAUGAGUCGUCUUUGACCAAAUACGCUUCAAACAUGUUUCAACUUAUUUGCUGUAGACAUGGGAUAUAUUCGCCUUUGCGGGCACAGUUCUUUUCUUCGCCGUGUAGUAAAACAGGAGUCCACUGGAAGCUGUCACGGUAGGUGGUUUUCCUCAGGGACUCAUGCACGGAGCUCCUCGCAGCAGCUGGAGAGCGCCGUCAGUCGCUUCUGGCGUCUCACUCAGAGGACCGUACGGCGGUCUCCGAAGGGCAUCAAACCCCAGGGUUUGAAAUUCAUCGUCGGACCAGCGUUUCUAACAGUCUCAACACGCUCGUUUUGCCACGUAGCUCACUGUCAGGAAGACGUAAACAACAACACUCCACUAGAAGUUGUAGCCAAAGACUCGGCGCCAGAGUUCAAAUGGCACAUCCUGUGGGAGUUCGUCAAACCUCAGCUGUUUGCUCUCAUCUGUGCAGUCGUGCUCGCUUUCGGGGCGGCCAUCUUGAACAUUCAAAUCCCCCUGAUGCUGGGAGAUCUGGUGAAUGUGGUCGCACGCUUCCUCAGAGACAACACAGGCACUUAUGUGGGGGAAAUGACAGCCCCUGCCCUGAAACUACUGGGACUGUAUGGUAUCCAAGGCUUGUUAACAAGCGGCUACAUCAUCCUGCUCUCAAGGGUCGGGGAGAGAGUGGCAGCAGACAUGAGGAAGACUCUGUUUGCAUCCUUACUCAGGCAAGACGUCGCCUUUUUUGACGCCAAUAAAACGGGUC